GGGCAGGCUUCGCCGUGCCGUGCCUUGCUGUGCCGUGCGGCUCUCCUCUCAUCACCUCCGCUCUCGGUCGCCCCGGCGUCCGGGCGCGCCCCGCCACCAUGUGGCUUGUCCCCCUUCUCCUCGGCAUCUUCCUGCUCUUCAGUCCCGUUCGCGGGAGCGACGGCUCGGCUCCCACUGCUGUCACAUGCUUUACAAGAGGACUCGACCUUAGAAAGCAGAUAGAAGAUGUCAUUUGCCCAGCAAACUGUCCUCUGUGGCAAUUUUAUGUCUUUGGGAAUGGAGUUUAUGCUUCUCUUUCCAGUAUCUGUGGAGCUGCCAUACACAGGGGGGUGAUCACCAGUGCAGGAGGAGCUGUAAGGGUACAGACUCUUCCAGGACAGGAAAACUACCCGGCUGUAAAUGCCAAUGGGAUCCAGUCUCAGGUGCUUACUAGAUGGACUUCAUCUUUCUCAGUGACUGGUAUCAAGAACACAGCGCUUGAAUCAGUUGGACGAUCCGUAUCAACAGCACGUCCUUCUACAGGCAAAAAACCCAAGAAGACACUUGAUAAAAAGGCUGGAAACAAAGACUGUAAAGCUGAUAUUGCAUUUCUCAUUGAUGGAAGCUACAACAUUGGCCAACGUAGAUUUAAUUUGCAGAAAAACUUUGUUGGAAAAGUAGCUGUGAUGUUAGGAAUUGGAACAGAAGGACCUCAUGUUGGAGUUGUACAGGCCAGUGAACAUCCAAAAAUUGAAUUCUAUCUGAAAAACUUCACUGCUGCAAAAGAAGUUUUGUUUGCCAUAAAGGAAUUGGGGUUCAGAGGAGGCAAUUCUAAUACAGGGAAAGCUUUGAAGCACACAGCUCAGAAAUUCUUCUCUUUGGAAAAUGGAGCACGCAAAGGAAUUCCCAAGAUCAUUGUAGUGUUUCUAGAUGGCUGGCCAUCAGAUGAUCUAGAAGAAGCUGGGAUAGUGGCCAGAGAAUUUGGAGUCAACGUGUUCAUUGUAUCUGUAGCGAAGCCCACAACAGAGGAGCUGGGAAUGGUGCAAGACAUUGGUUUUGUUGACAAAGCUGUCUGUCGAAACAAUGGCUUCUUCUCUUACCAAAUGCCCACCUGGUUUGGUACUACCAAAUAUGUAAAACCUCUUGUCCAAAAGUUGUGUUCACAUGAGCAGAUGUUCUGUAGCAAGACAUGCUACAACUCCGUCAACAUUGCUUUCCUGAUUGAUGGUUCCAGCAGUGUUGGAGACAACAACUUCCGCCUUGUGCUUGAAUUCAUCAGCAACGUUGCAAAGGCUUUUGAGAUCUCUGACAUAGGUUCCAAGAUUGCGGCUGUGCAGUUCACAUAUGAUCAGCGUACCGAGUUCAGCUUCACAGACUACAACACAAAAGAAGAGGUCCUCUCUGCUAUUCGCAACAUCCGUUACAUGAGUGGUGGCACUGCUACAGGUGAUGCCAUUACUUUCACAACCAGAAAUGUGUUUGGGCCAGUGAAGGACGGUGCUAACAAAAACUUCCUCUUUGUUUUGACUGAUGGUCAGUCUUACGAUGAUGUUAGAGGACCUGCUGCUGCUGCACAAAAAGCAGGAAUAACUGUGUUCUCUGUCGGUGUUGCCUGGGCACCUCUGGAUGAUCUGAAAGACAUGGCUUCUGAACCGAGAGAAUCUCAUACUUUCUUCACUAGGGAGUUCACAGGAUUGGAGCUGUUGGUUCCUGAUAUUAUUAGAGGCAUCUGUAAAGAUUUUUUGGACUCUAAACAAUGA